CCAGCUCGUUUUCUCCUUAAACUCACCUUCAAUGGAUACUAACCACAAGACAGGGAAAUUCCCUAUCGCAAAUAAUAGGAUACCCCUUUAAUAUUUUUUUGUUGCAGUUGUUCACAUAGUCAAGACUACUUCACUACAUACACAUCCUCUCCAUUACGAACGUCUGGCGACUUCACUGGGGCCGCCACACAAGGCUCCCCACGUCGCCUUAUGAGCCAAGACUAAUCCUUGUCCACAAUUAUACAUAUCGUCGUACUGUCUCUCCUCUGCCCUCCCCGAUGAGUGUCAGACGUACUCUCUUUCCUGUAUCCCUUGCUUCUCUACCUACUUAGAUCACCUACCUACUCCAAGACGCAAACCUCAGCUCAACAAAUCUCUCGCCUAUGUCUGGAUAAUACAGAGACCACCCAGUCAACGUCCCACCAUACUCUACUCUACUUAUCGGCAGCAGUCCGUUGAGGUAUCUUGCCCGCUAGAUUAAACGACUGUUGUAUUUCGUUUCGGUCCUCACGUUGUAGGAUCAAUAACGACGGUGACGAGUGGGAGGAGAAGAAAAACAAACAAGCAAGCAACAGACACAGUCUGGGCGUCUGGUGCAUCGGUUUCUUGGCUUUCUUGUCCCUAGAGCGAGCAAUCUUGGCACUUCUCAGACCAACGCAAGCCGCCCUCCUGUCACGCUUAAACCCUCUGUUGAUUCCACCAACCGCAGCAUCUUUGGUUUCAACGGAAGUGGCACUACGCGAACAACGUCCGCAGUGAAAGUUGGGCAUCGAAAACGCGGAAUCGUUUACAACCACUUGAUUGCCUUUGUUGGGUAUCUUCUUCCUCUUUACUGACUCCCGUCUGGGCCAAGACCGACGUGUUCCACCUGUCAAAGUGCGAGGAGCGCAACGCGGACAGUGGCUGGAUCCCUUAACUACUCAGUGACCGAAAAGCCUUCAGGCCCAGUAUCAGCAAGGCUCUACAGACCCGAGACGUCAACAGCUUGCUUUGCGAUAGGUGGCUGAAGAUUGAGAAAUGCGAUUCGAGUCGCGCUAGCUGAAAGUGAAAACCGAGGACGAUCAAACACCAAACUAUAGGAACAUACAGCUUGACCUGCUUAUCACGGGUCACGCGGACAUCAAAUUAGCCAGGCUGGAUCCUCUGUCCCCUCGAAAGUAUGGAGGCGGCGGCUAGCACCACCACUGCCACCGGCCAAAACACGCCGCCGUCCACCGGGGAGUGUUCAGCUGCGCCUUCAGGGCGGUCAUCCCCCAGUGCUGCAGGCGGUAUCAUAGUAGCAAAUCCUUCUCGCAAUGCUCCGGAUGAUGCUGCCAUAUCUACGCACGAUGGUUCCGCCGACGAGGAUGAUUUUGGGGCGCAUGAUGACUCCGGGAGCGACGAUGCCGUAAAGGCAGAAGGGUCAAACGAGACGCCGGACCCAUCUGCACCAGGUGCGACAUCGGCACCAGUGCAGAAGAGGAGGAGGGUCACCCGUGCGUGUGACGAGUGCCGGAGGAAGAAGAUCAAGUGCGACGGGCGACAACCAUGCACACAUUGCUCAGUUUAUAGCUAUGAAUGCACGUACGACAAGCCAUCGAACAGGCGACGAAAUCCCGCCCCUCAAUACAUUGAAGCACUGGAGAGUCGACUACAGCGCGCCGAAACGUUGCUCCGCAAGUUUAUGCCAGAUGUGGACUUGGCCGACCCGAAACUCGACCCGACUGUCCAACAGGAGUUUGCCAACCGAGAGCGCGCCCGUGCAAAAGCGGCGGCAGCAUCCGGGGCUGAGAAGGCCAAGAAAGAGGAGCCAGUUGUGGAUGGCGAGGCAACAAAAAAGCAGGAGGACCAACUCCUCUCGAUGAUCGAGUCGAUUGGCCAUCUGGAUCUUAUUGAUGGGAACGAAUGGGACUUCCAUGGGAAUUCGUCUGGCGCGGUGUUUCUAAAACGGUUAAAGGAGCAAAUGGGCUUGCUCAAUUCUGAUACGAAAGCACCUUUCCUACCGCGGAAGUCGCGGUACACAGGAAUGUUUAGCCUGGACUCUCCACCAUCAUUCGCGAGUUCUCCUUGGGAUACGAGUACCGGCAGUGACGCAGGCGCAGCAGUUCCGGCAAUGUAUGAGCUGCCUCCCAAGGAUGUGGCCCAGAACCUCUGCUAUUUUUCGUUGAACUGCGCGACAUGUUUGUUGCGUAUUGUACACAUUCCAUCAUUCAACGACAUGGUGGAGAAGCUGUACGAGAAACAGCCGGAAAACCUAGGUCCAGAAGACCAUCGGGCUCUUGGGCUGCUGAACGCGGUUAUGGCCCUUGGUUCAAUGUAUACUGGUUCCGAUGAUGCGGGAUCACAGCAGGUGCAUUAUAAGGCUGCCAUCGAGAAAGGACUCAAAUACUACACCAACGCUCGGAUGCUCCUACAGGAUAUAACCGAGUGUCGAGAUCUUGUUUCCUUGCAAGCACUGCUAUUUAUGAUACUCUUUCUUCAAGCUACUUCAAAUCUCAGCGGCUGUUAUGCCUUUUUGGGUAUUGCCCUACGGGCCGCGUUGCGAAUGGGUCUGCAUCGACACCUUCCCCAUGUUCAGCUUACGCCUAUCGAAGACGAGUCCCGAAGGCGUGUAUUCUAUGCCAUUAGAUGCAUGGAUACAUAUGUUUCCGCUCUUCUUGGAUUCCCCAUUUUGCUCCAGGACACGGACAUUGAUCAACCGUUACCGACGGAAGUUGACGAUGAGUACAUCACGAAAGACGCGAUCCUGAAGCCACCGCCUGGAAAGACGUCGUUUUUUGAAGCAAUGAACGCCCAUGUGCGAUUGAUGAAAAUAUUGGCAAAGAUAAUCAAGGAUAUAUAUCCUAUGAGGGGGAUGGACGAAUCGGUCAUGAAAAAGAGGACCAGUGGGGUGAAUGCAACCUACAUGAUCAGCUAUUCGGCCAUCAAGGCAAUCGAGCUCGAGUUGCAGCAGUGGUACGAGCAGUUACCGAUCAACUGGCGGCCUAGUCCGGAAGGGCCCAGUGAGGUUAUUCGCGUGCGAUCACUCCUUCGCUUCUCAUACGCUCAUGUGCAAAUGAUGCUUUAUCGACCUUUCUUGCAUUACUCAUCUCCUAGGCUGUCUGCAGGAAAGCAUGUCGAUGAGAGAUACUAUGCUUGUGCCGCAGCUUGCAUCAGUGUCUCGCGGAACAUUAUCCAUAUCGGCAUGGAGAUCAGGAAACAGGCGGUCCUCACGGGACCUUACUGGUUCAUUCUGUACACCGAGUUCUUUGCCAUCCUGUCUUUGGCAUUUUACGCGCUGGAAAACCCGGACAAAGCUGGCAUCCCCGAGAUUCUUGCCGAUGCCCAUGCUGGAAGAGAGCUCAUUUCGGGCCUUUCACGCAUGAGUUUGGCGGCGGAUAGGGUCACGGAUGCAUUGAAUGCCUUGUUUGAUCAACUACCCGAGCGUCUUACCAUGAACAAAGACCCCAAGGCCCGCCCUAUCCCCACAAAGAAACGCUCUGCUCCAGGUGCCGACUCUGCCAGUCUUCUUACCCAGGAACAGAUGGCCAUUGCGGCACAACUAAAAGCCGACCGUUCCCUAAACGGCCGGGGACGUGGCAAGAUCCGCGGUACCGGCCGUGCCGCCUCAAAGGCACACCUCCCACACCGCAUUUCAAUGGAUUCUCCUCACCAAGCCCACCAGGCCAUCGGCACCCGAGCCGGUAGCCAGGGCCCAUUUGUCGCGAACUACUCAGAGCCAAUGCCGCUGGACCUUCUUAAUCAAUCACCGGACAAUUUCAAGCAGCGGCACCAGCAGCAGACAGAUGCGAUGAUGUUUCCGUCAGGCGACCCCUUUGCCUAUCCCAACAGCCAGCCAGGAGUUGGUUACAGAAACGGAGGACAUACCCAGGACUCGAUGCCCUUUUACAUGCAUCAAGUGUACGACGACAUUGAGGGUCAGCUCCUGGGACAGACGAUCCCUCCAUAUCUCAUGCAGCCGGGCCACCAGGGCGUUUCAGGGAUGGCUGCUGGGGACCUGGCACAAAUGUACAACGCGUCGAGCCUGGUGGCAAUGCAGCAACAACAGCAGCAAAGACAGCAGCAGCUGGGGCCCGGUUUGCAACCUGGUCAUCAUCGACACCAGCAGGAUAUUGACGACAUUAUGCUGUCAAACACCAACAGCUUUGAAAUGUUCUCUGCCCCGCAGUAUAGAGCAAUUUAAAAGGGGUAAAUCGCCCUUUUUCUUUCCCCAAGUUUCUCGAAGAAACACAUUCUCGACAUAUGCAUUCUUUUUUUUUUUUUUUUUUUGUCGGUUGCACAUAUAAGGAGGGGACAAGGCAAACGGAGAAAAGCCAAGUAAACGAUCGCAUUUCAUGAUACCAUGAUACCCCAGGCCGUUCUCAUUAAGCUAUUUAUAUUUCUGGGAUACGGAGUUUCUGUCCUCUAAUCUGUCAUAUCAUUUCUUUGGGGCCUUGUGGUUGUAAAAAGGCUUAUGAAAAUACAAAUAAACAUGUACAUGAUAUUUAAUGGCCCAGCUUUACAAGGUCGCUCGGUGCGUCUAAAGCUGAUCCAAUGUGGUCGUCAUUAGAGUAAACCAAAGGAGAACGAGCCAUGGUGAAGGGCUACAAAAAGCGAUAAAAUACGAAAUAAUGAACAACCAAAACGUGGACUACUGGUGAACGUGGUUGAUUGGUGAUUCGUCAAACUGAAUGAAAGAAGAAACCGCUGCUUGCCUUCCUGGUGCCGCAUAUUGCCCGUCU